AUGUUUAUUUUCAAUUUAAUGCUGCUGCUCGUAAGCUUGAGCUACAGUCAGAGCACCACUUACAUAACCGUGAACAAUCAUAUGGAGCAGCAGCCGCCUAUUUAUCAAGGACACUACAGCGAGCAGCUGGAUAUGUUGGACUUGCUGGAUCUGGGCGAUCGUCCUAGGCGCAUGGCGCAACCUACGCUACAUAAUGCCGCAUCCAAAUUCUUGCUCGAAGUGUACAAUGAAAUCAACGAGGAGCAGGAGCCAUUGGAGGUGCUGCAUCAGCGGCACAAGCGCGCGCUAGACGAUGAUAUACUUAUAUCGAAAAAGGAUCGCCAGGAGAUUGCCAGUUGCAAUAGCAUUUUAACCUUCUGCAGUCGCAGUCUGCCCUCCAGCAAUGAGCAAGUGCUGCGCAAGAUUGAGACUUUGAAUGCCAUAACCGACAGCAAUCUAGUGCAAGCUCGACUGCGUGUCUAUAAGCAAGCAGCUCAAUUGCCAGGACAACAAAACAUUACGCUCUCUGUUUAUAGGCGGGUUCACAGUCAUUUGAGCGCAGCAAGCGGCGAGCUUAACGAGCCCGUUUAUCGCAUUUUGCAAUCGCUUAACACCACAAGCAGCUACAGGGGCUGGCUGGAGUUCAAUCUGACGCAGACAUUGCGAGCCUGGCUGCUGCUUAACAAAAGCUUGCCACAAGCGCGUCACGAGCUACGCAUCUCCCUGGGCGAUGCACAAUGGAGUGUGCAUAGCAUGGGUUUGCUGCCGCUGCAGGCUAAACUGGAGCCCUACAUUGUGGGCUAUUUUGAUGGGCCCGAGUUGCUGGUGAAGGUGCAAAAGCUUCGCUUCAAGCGCGACCUACACAAACGUAAAGCAACGUUGCCCAAUGGGCUGCCGCUGGGUGCGUCAGAUCAUCACAAGCCCUCGCAUUCGUGUGAGCGGCUUAACUUCACAGUGGACUUUAAGGAGCUGCAAAUGCAUAAUUGGGUCAUAGCGCCCAAAAAGUUUGAUGCGUAUUUCUGUGGCGGUGGCUGCAAUUUUCCACUGGGCACCAAAAUGAAUGCCACCAAUCAUGCCAUAGUGCAGACUCUAAUGCAUCUGAAGCAGCCGCAUUUGCCUAAGCCCUGCUGUGUGCCCACUGUGCUGGGCUCCAUAACUAUACUGCGAUAUCUGAAUGAAGAUAUUAUAGACUUGACCAAAUAUAAAAAGACAGUGGCCAAGGAGUGCGGCUGUCAUUAA